AUGCCAUGGAUUAUUGUUGAUGACUUUAACGAACUUCUAAGGUCACAUGAGAAAAGGGGGAUCUUAGGUCAUCCAUCUUACCUUAGUAACCAAUUUCAACAAGUGUGGCUUGACCUAUAUCUUCAAGACUUAGGUUAUGUUGGUACCCAAUUUACUUGGGAAAAAUGGAGGGGCACUGAUAGAUGGGUGGAGGAGUGGUUGGAUCGUGCCGUUGCAUCUCGAUCGUGGAUUUCAUGGUUUGGAGCUGCAAAGAUUUAUCAUAUCUCUCACACUUCAUCAGAUCAUAUUCCCAUCUUCCUUGAUCUACGCAAAUUCGUUCCUAAGGUACAAACUAAGAACUUUAAGUUUCAGAAUCAUUGGUCUUAUGAAGAGGAGUGUGGCCGAUUGGUUUAA